AGAUACCUUGCCGGAUCCGUUUGUUUAGCAAAGAGCAUCAGCCUUUACGUUACCAAGGUCCCAUCUAUUACACCGUAUUUUAAUCUCACAAAAUGCAACUCUCCUGGAAGGAUAUCCCCACGGUUCCCACGUCCAACGAUAUGUUGGACAUUGUUCUUAACAGAACACAGAGAAAGACGCCAACUGUGAUCAGACCAGGCUUCAAAAUUACCAGAAUCCGAGCCUUUUAUAUGCGUAAGGUCAAGUUUACUUCUGAAGGUUUUGGCGAAAAGUUCAACGACAUCAUCUCUGGCUUUCCCAACAUUAACGAUGUCCAUCCUUUCCACAGAGACUUGAUGGAUACCCUUUAUGAAAAGAAUCACUACAAAAUCUCGUUGGCUGCUGUUUCCAGAGCCAAGACACUCAUCGAGCAGGUUGCAAGAGACUAUGUCCGUUUGUUGAAAUUUGGUCAGUCGUUGUACCAAUGUAAGCAGUUGAAACGUGCUGCACUCGGUAGAAUGGCUACGAUCACCAAGAAGUUGAAGGAUCCUUUGGUAUAUUUGGAACAAGUAAGACAACAUUUGGGAAGAUUGCCCUCUAUCGACCCUAAUACGAGAACCCUUUUGAUCUGUGGUUACCCUAACGUUGGUAAGUCUUCUUUCUUGCGUUGUAUCACCAAGGCAGAUGUUGAAGUCCAGCCUUAUGCCUUUACCACUAAGUCGCUUUACGUAGGUCAUUUCGACUACAAGUAUUUGAGAUUCCAAGCUAUCGACACUCCUGGUAUUUUGGACAGACCUACCGAAGAAAUGAACAACAUUGAAAUGCAAUCCAUUUAUGCUAUUGCCCACUUGAGAUCAUGUGUAUUGUACUUCAUGGAUCUUUCCGAGCAGUGUGGCUUCUCUAUUGAAGCCCAAGUAAAGUUGUUUCAUUCGAUUAAGCCUUUGUUUGCCAACAAAUCUGUGAUGGUUGUGAUGAACAAGAGUGAUAUCAUCAAGGCUGAAGACUUGUCAGAAUCCAACCAGGAAUUGUUGAAGUCUUUAACUACUGUUCCUGGUGUUGAAGUAAUGCAUGCUUCGUGUCACGAAGAAGAAAACGUUAUGCAAGUGAGAAACCAGGCCUGUGAGAAGUUGUUGACGGCCAGAAUUGAACAGAAAUUGAAGGGAACCGCUCGUGUGAAUAACGUCUUGAACAAGAUCCAUGUGGCCAGACCUCAGGCCAGAGACGAUGUAGACAGAGCAGCUUUCAUUCCAGACGCUGUUAAGGCUUUGGAUAAGUACGACGUAAACGAUCCUAACAGAAGAAGAUUGGCCAGAGACAUUGAAAGUGAGAAUGGAGGUGCCGGUGUGUUCAAUAUCAACUUGAAGGACAAGUACCUUUUGGAAGACGAUGACUGGAAGAACGAUAUCAUGCCUGAAGUGUUGGACGGUAAGAAUGUCUACGACUUCUUGGAUCCAGACAUCGCUGCCAAGUUGCAAGCUUUGGAAGACGAAGAAGAAAGAUUAGAACAGGAAGGUUUCUACGACUCGGACUCGGAAGUUGAAGACGAAGGUGUUGACGAAAUCAGAGAAAAAGCACAAUGGAUUAGAGACAAGCAGAAGAAGAUGAUUGUUGAAGCCAGAAACAGAAAGUCGUUGAAGAACAAGGCUAUCAUGCCCCGUGAUCAAGUUAAGAAGUCGUUUGGUGAGAUGGAAGAGCACAUGUACUCAUUGGGUCACGAUACCGAAGCUUUGAGAGAAAGAGUCGGAAAGAGAUCCCAAGCCAAGGAGUUGUCUGGUGUUGACAUCUUGAGAAAGAACCAGGGUGUCCAGACUGCUAGACUCAGCAAGAAGAAGGCUGCUGCCAACCAAACUGAUCGUCUUAAUGACGGUGUCAACGACGGUGCGCUCAGAUCGCAAGCAGAAAGAUUGGCCAAGAUACAGAGAAGAGAAAGAAACAGACAAGCCAGACAAGGUGAAGGUGACCGUCACGCUACAGCAUCCAUUCCAAAGCAUUUGUUUUCCGGUAAGAGGGGUAUUGGAUCUUCCGACAGAAGAUAGUCAAAGUCCGCAUUGUGCAAUAGGUUUAUAUUUUAAUACAGCAUUGAUUAG